CGUAGUAGUGCUAUCUCUAGCUACGCUAGCUUGUGGGCGUCUAGAGACUUUCGGCUGUGCUUCGGCUGUGAUGAAACUAAGAUGGCGUUUAGCUUAGACAGGAUGAACGGGGGAUAGUGAUGUUGGUCACAUAUUCAUUCGAUGGGGACACAUCCAAUGAGCUCAGGCACACUCAUUAACAUCCAAAUGAGUCUACCAAGUGAAUGUUUUUCAGUUCAUAAAUAAACGGAACGGAGUACACUUGUAAAAGAAGCUGAAAACGGCCAACUUCGUCGGUAGCUAGCCCUAGUGCUAGCUAGCUAACUAGCUUAACUGGACCAAGCAAGCCUGCUAGUUCUCUAUCAAACAACAACAGAGUGAGGGCGAUGGAGGGGGAAGACUUUGUGCCUCCACCGGAGUGCCCAGUAUUUGAGCCCUCAUGGGAGGAGUUUCAGGAUCCCCUGGGCUACAUUGCCAAGAUCCGUCCAAUAGCUGAAAAGUCUGGAAUCUGCAAGAUUCGCCCACCUGCUAACUGGCAGCCCCCUUUUGCUGUAGAGGUGGACAACUUCCGCUUCACACCUCGCAUACAGAGGCUCAACGAGCUGGAGGCUGAAACCAGAGUGAAGCUCAACUACUUAGAUCGGAUCGCCAAGUUCUGGGAGAUCCAGGGAUCCUCUUUGAAGAUUCCUAACAUUGAGAGGCGUAUCCUGGACCUCUUCAGCCUAUCCAAGAUUGUGAUCGAGGAGGGGGGCUUUGAGACGGUCAGUAAGGAGCGCCGCUGGGCUCGCGUGGCCCAGAAGCUUGGCUACCCCCCAGGCAAGAACAUCGGCUCUCUCCUGCGCUCGCACUACGAGAGGAUCGUCUACCCCUUUGAAAUGUCCCACUCUGGUGCCAGUCUGACGCAAAGUAAGCCAAAGCUGUACGACAGUGAGGAGGUGGAUAAGGAGUACAAGCCUCACUCCAUCCCCCUGCGCCAGUCGGUCCAGCCUUCCAGGACCAUCAGCUACGGACGCAGAGCCAAUCGCCUCCAGCCAGACGGUCCAGAGGAUCUGGCACCCCACCCUCUCACCACUGGCUCUCAACACAUCUCUGCGCCGGACCCCACAGAGGAGGACAUAGAGAAGAACCCGGAGCUGAAGAAGCUGCAGAUCUACGGCGCGGGCCCCAAGAUGAUGGGCCUGGGGCUGGUGCCCAGAGACAAGGGCGUCAGGAAGAAAGAAGAGCUGCCUCAGACCGUGACUGUCCGUGACCCCGCCCCCGCCGCCCCCCCCACCGGCCCGGUCAAGGAGGAGCCGGGUGAGGUCCCCGCCAAGGAGGGGGAUGCGAGCACGGCGCCUCCUCCUGCUCCUCCCUCUGACGUCACGCUGAAAAGGGAGGUGAAGGAGGAGCCGGAGGAGGAGAGAGGAGACGGGAAGGACGAGGAUGGGGAAGGAGAGGGGCCCUGCACCAAGAUGACCAUGAGGCUCAGACGCAACAUUAACAACCCCCAGUUUGUGGACUCGUUUGUGUGUCGAAUGUGUGGCCGUGGUGACGAGGAUGAGAAGCUUCUGUUGUGUGACGGUUGUGAUGACAACUACCACACCUUCUGCCUGCUGCCGCCCCUCACCGACCCCCCUAAAGGCAACUGGCGCUGUCCCAAGUGUGUGGCUGAGGAGUGUAAGAGGCCUUCGGAAGCCUUUGGGUUUGAGCAGGCCACGCGGGAGUACACUCUGCAGAGCUUUGGGGAGAUGGCAGACACCUUUAAAGCAGACUACUUCAACAUGCCUGUCCAUAUGGUUCCCACAGAGCUGGUGGAGAGGGAGUUCUGGCGUCUGGUCAGCAGUAUAGAGGAGGACGUGACAGUGGAGUACGGAGCAGACAUUCACUCCAAAGAGUUUGGCAGCGGCUUCCCAAUAAACAACGGCUUGAAGGACCUCACCGUGGAGGAGGAGGAGUACGCCCGCAGCGGCUGGAACCUGAACGUGAUGCCGGUGCUGGAGCAGUCGGUGCUGUGCCACAUCAACGCUGACAUCUCGGGCAUGAAGGUGCCCUGGCUGUACGUGGGCAUGUGCUUCUCAGCCUUCUGCUGGCACAUCGAAGACCACUGGAGCUACUCCAUCAACUACCUGCACUGGGGCGAGCCCAAGACGUGGUACGGGGUUCCCUCGUUUGCGGCCGAGCGGCUGGAGGAGGUGAUGAAGAAGCUGACCCCUGAGCUGUUUGAGUUCCAGCCUGACCUCCUCCACCAGCUGGUCACCAUCAUGAACCCCAACAUCCUCAUGGGCCACGGGGUCCCGGUUGUGCGUACCAACCAGUGUGCUGGCGAGUUUGUCAUCACCUUCCCCAGAGCGUACCACAGCGGCUUCAACCAGGGAUACAACUUUGCCGAGGCUGUCAACUUCUGCACCGCAGACUGGCUCCCUGCGGGCCGCUCCUGUAUCGAGCACUACCGACGCCUCAGGAGGUACUGCGUGUUCUCCCACGAGGAGCUCACCUGCAAGAUGGCCGCCUGCCCAGAGAAGCUGGACCUGAACCUGGCGGCAGCCACCCACAAGGAGAUGUUCACCAUCGUCCAGGAGGAGAGGAAGCUGCGCAAGGGGCUCCUGGAGAAGGGCAUCACGGAGGCGGAGCGGGAGGCCUUUGAGCUGCUUCCUGACGAUGAGAGGCAGUGUGACAAGUGUAAAACCACGUGCUUCCUGUCUGCACUGGCGUGUCAGAACUGUCCUGAGCGCCUUGUCUGUCUCUACCACACCCUGGACCUGUGUAGCUGCCCCACAAACAAACUCUACCUCAGGUACCGGUACACUCUGGACGAGCUGCUGUCCAUGCUGCACCGGCUGAAGGUUCGAGCCGAGUCCUUUGACUCGUGGGCCAACCGGGUGAAGGAGGCCCUGGAGCAGGAAGAGGGGAACAAGAUCGGCAUCCAGGACCUGGAGGUGCUGAAGCAGGAGGCCGCAGAGAAGAAGUUCCCCGACAACGAGCUACUGCAGAGACUCAACACUGUUCUCACUGACACUCAACACUGCCAAAAGACCAGCACUGACCUCCUCAGCAACCCUCAAACCAGUGAGCAGCGGAUGACCCUGGCUGAGCUGAAGGCCCUGGUAGAGAGGAUGCAGAACCUGCCCUGUGUGAUGAGCCAGCUGGAGGAGGUGCAGGCGGUCCUGCGGACGGUGGAGGAGUUCCAGCAGCAGGUUCAGGCCGUGGUCAGUGACAGGGACUGGCGCAGGGACUCCCCUCCCGCGGAGCAGCUGCAGGCCCUGCUGGAGCAGGGGGCUGGCCUGCGGGCCGAGGCCCCGGAGUGCAAGCAGCUGCGCGGCCUGCAGGAGCAGGGCCGCUGGCUGGGCGAGGUGAGGCGCACCCUGGGGGGCGAGGUCACCCUGGCCGUCCUCAGGAACCUGAUGGAGACGGGGUGCAACGUGACGCAGAGCGUCUCCGUGGAGACGGCCAUGGCCGAGCUGCAGGAGCUGCUGACCAUCGCGGAGCGCUGGGAGGAGAAGGCCCAGAUCUGCCUGGAGCAACGGCAGAAGCACCCUCUCUCCACCCUGGAGGCCAUCGUGAACGAGGCCCAGCUGAUCCCAGUCAAGCUGCCCAACAUCCUGUCUCUGCAGGGCUGCCUCAGCCGGGCACGCGCCUGGGUCACAGACCUGGAGGAGAUCCAGAACGGGGAACACUACCCGUGUCUGGAUGACCUGGAGGGCCUGGUGGCCAUCGGCAGGGACCUGCCCGUCUGCAUGGAGGAACUGAGGCAGCUGGAGCUGCAGGUGGCCUCCGCACACUCCUGGAGGGACAAGGCCACCAAGACCUUCCUGAAGAAGAGCAGCCAGCACAGCCUGCUGGAGGUGUUGUGUCCCUGUGUGGAGAAGAGGAAGGAGCGGGGGGAGGAGUCUGGGCCCUUGGAGGAGUCAGACGUCAACACCCUGGGCCUGUCUGCUCAGGACCUGAGAGACCCUGGAGCCAUAGUGAUGGCUUUCAAAGAAGGGGAGCACCAGGAGAAGGCUGGCAUGCUGCGGCUCCAGAAGGUGAACCUGGCCAAGGCUGGACCGGAGGAGCUCCCCCACCAUGAGGACAAGGAGAACGGCUGCUGGGGCAAGGACGCCAUGGAGCUGGACACGCCCCUCUGCCCCGAGAACUCUGUGAAGGAGAACGGGAGCCGCACGGGCCCCGCCCCUCCCCAGACAGUGUGCGUGUGCGGCGGGCGGCCCCGCGCCCCCCAGCUCCGCUGCCACCUGUGCAAAGACUGCUUCCACGGCGGCUGCGUCGCCUUCCCCUCCGUAUUGCCCUCGUCGGGGCUGCCCGCCGACCCCCUCUGCUGGUGGGACUGGGACACUCGUUUCUUGUGCCCGCGGUGCCAGCGCUCGCGGCGCCCGCGCCUCGAGACCAUCCUGGCUCUGCUGGUGGCCCUGCAGAGGCUCCCUGUGCGCCUGCCCGAGGGCGAGGCCCUGCAGUGUCUGACCGAGAGGGUCAUCACCUGGCAGGGCCGGGCCAAGAAGGCCCUGGACACUCCCGAGCUGCAGGGGCUGCUGCAGAGGCUGGAGGAGCGCAGGGAGAGCCGGCAGGGAGAGCCGCAGGAGCAGCAGCAACAACAACAACAGCAGCUGCAGGACAAGGAGGAGGAGAAAGGCAAAGGGAACUCGGUGAUUGUGCUUUCAGAUUCGGAAGGAGGAGAGGGAGAGGACGGAGUGAUUGAUCUGACGGAGGAGGGGAACUCUCCCAAGAAAAGUGCCAAGGAGCUGAACGGCAGUCGGACUGGCUGUGAAAAUGGCAUCAGUAAGAAGAUGCAUGUUACAGACGUGGGCUCCCUGCUGGGCCUCCUCCCCUCCCUAAAGGGUCCUGUGGUGGAGCUGUCCCCAAGCACCAAGGCCCAGCUGGAGGAGCUGCAGCUGGAAGGGGACCUCCUGGAGGUCACCCUGGACCAGACCCACACCCUGUACCGCGUCCUGCAGGCCGCAUCCACGCCCCCGCGCCCCGCGCUGCGCACACUCAUCCAGAUUGAGCUCCAGGAGCAGAAGGGGGCAGGUCGCGGGGGACGAGCCAAGGACUCCAAGAGGAAGAGGAAGAGCCAUCGGGGCGACUCAGGGGGAGAGGGGGGGCCACGUUCCCAGGACGCCUCAGAGUCCAAGAAAACCCGCCCCCUCAGCCACACGCCCUCACCUCACCUACCUGUCCAGACCCCCCCUGAGAUAUUGUGAUAUGGUUGGGGAUGCAGCUCUAGAGGGAAGGAACGGAUCAAGUGUUGGAAGAGAGAUGGAAUGGACAGAUCAUUAUGGGCCAGGAGACGGUGUCAAAAUGUUGAAAAGAUGCAGGACACCCCCCCCCUCCCCACUCUCCCCUGUUCAUCCCUCUCUCACACGUCUCCCAUUCAAACACUAACUGACAGAUCUGCAUCGUCUACACUCCGCCCAUCUUCCCCUACCCGAUCUCUAUCCACUCCUCCCUCUCUCCUCCCCUGUGCUCCAGCCUCUCCAGCCGCCCCCCCCCUCCCAGUGAACGUGUUUGGAGUGUGUGAGCUGGCAUUGGCACAGGAGAGAGGCUCUCGGUCUUAAUAGGGAAGCUGUCUCCGAGGUCAGUGGUCAGUAUGCUAGGUGUUCUCAGCUGUAUUACACACAAGUCCUCCUGGCGCCUGUCAACGCAGGACAGUGCUGUUCAGUGGAUCUCCCCGUCUUACUGAAGUACACAUGAAUCCUUGGUUUCCUUUAGUCCGUUCAUGGGUCAUGAGUUCUACAGCGACUUGGUGGCGGGGCGGUUUUAGAUAACAGCACCGUGGUAACACUUGUAUUUUUUGUAUUGACUCUUGUGUUUGUUAAGGGUAUUUGAGGGGACUUGCAUUUUGAAUGAAUUCGUAGAAUAUUUUGGGAAGUGUGAAAAACAGGCAUUCAUGUUUUUGGUGCUACUUUCCCAAAAUAGACUUCUGGACCUCUUUUUCUCUCCUCCGUCAGGCUCUCAUUUUGUGUAUUAGUUUUCACCCCCAUCUGGACUCUGAUCCAGUCUGUCUUUUACAGUCUGAUCCUCUUUCUCGCUCUUUCAUUUGCUCUCGCGCUUUCACUCUCAGAACUAAAUUAAAGUUUCACUGUAACUCACUUUAUCACAAUUUACUUGUUCUCUGGGUUCAGAUUAUAUUAUUAUUAUUAUUGAUAUUGCAGACACGCAGAUGUCGUGAGUUUGUGUAUAAACUUUUCAUUUCAAUGUUGCCUUUUGUUUCUUUUCACUCUUGUUAGAAAAUAAAGGUUUAGAGUUGUUUUAGGA